GAGAGCCUAACAAUGCCUGGCAGGAUGUCGGUGAGUCCAAUGAGUGUUAGACUGAAGAGCGUUGGGCUGAGUACUCCGCCCUGAGGCACCCCACGGUUACUGUAAUGCUGGGAGGUCGGGCCAUCCUCGGACCAGACAUCAGUAGCAGCGGAUCCCCUCCUGGUAUAACAACAUCGGCCCGAAAUGUCAGUAGCUCAACCCAAGAACCAGUAACCAGUAGCACUGGGCCCACUCCUGGAAUAAAUCGCACCACGAACUAUGGUAUACACAUCGACAGACAUGGCUGUAUAUACAAAGUUCUGAAAUCUGGAAACGCAUUGUAUACCGUGAGCUGCCACGCAUGGUGUCCAGAUGGCAUUUUUUACCAGCUUCCAAACUUAACGCCCUGUCUACAGAUUGCUAAUGACUUUGCUGAAAGAAGUUUAAGAUCUCACGCAACUCAGUGCAUCAGAGGCAUAUGUGCUUAUGGAGAGUGCAGACCAUAUGCUCGUCGAGUCAACUGCAAGGUUCCAACGGCCAGAAAACACUGCUGGGACGAAUACGGGAACUAUUACCUCAUGCGACGUUAGGCUCUUUGGUCCUUACAGCUGUUGAUCGAUUCUUUGGAUUUUUCCUUCAAUAAAUCGAACACAGAAGCUGUU